AGGCCGCAUGGACCAGAAUAACGCGCGCCAAGUUUAACGUUCGGUCGCGCUGCGCAUUGCACUCUUGUGGCGUGGACACAUAUGAAAUCAGGGCGCGAGCGGAAAGCGGAAGCUCCUGGCACUCCAAGGGAUCCACCCAGAACAAGAUCCUGAUCCAAAGUGGGGACGGAGAUUGACUGCCAGCGAGUGUGGAUCGUGUGGUUAAUCGCAAUCGCGCACUGGACGUGCGCAAUGCAGCAAGGGUCGGCCGUUCAUUCCAAGUCAUGAUGAUCAUCCAUCUUGGUAUGCUCCAUGUCGGGAGUACCCGCAACGUACAAGUACUCUGCGCCUGGCCUGUCUGCGCAGGGGGGUGCCUCAUCCUCUGACGUGGCUGACUCAGAAGCCAACAUAAUUUAUCUCGCGUUAUCUUGAUCUGCGACCUCCUGCACCGACCUUCUUGAGCAGUUCCGCAUCCUCAAUCACCCCAGCCGCAGACCAAAAAAGUCCCUGCACGCUUCUUCCAGCCGCAUGAUGGAUGGCUGCUGCUCUCGUGAGAUCUCUUUCUGACGGUGUCGCCGCUCCUCGACAUAGUCCGGUCAGACAUUCGCUCUGAGGUGAAGUUCCAGGACACCCAGCAGCCCGCCACCCGGGGCCCGCGUGCUUCCCCUCUGCCAUUCAACCCCCGCCGCCGCCGAGUGGCAAUGUUCCGACAGGAUCGCUCCCUCGUCCCACGAUAUCCGGAUGACUCGAGCGCGCUCUGAUCUGUUCUGUUCCACGCGCCCGGUUCCCGAUUGCUGUUUCGACCCACCACCACGACCCCCGCAGUUUUAUUGAUUACCUACCUCCGGCUGCUGCUGCUGUGCAUUCCAUUCCAUAUCGGAUGGUUGGCUGGCUUGGGUUGGGAUUCUCGCACUGAUGUCCGCCCCCGCGUUCUCCGAGUCGGCCGGCUCGGAAGUAGGGGCAGGAGGGAUCUGCGUGCGGUGUUGUGGUCGCCCGUCUCUCGCCCGCGGGUGUCUCCGCGCGAUCUCUGCGAUCUGGCGCGCCUGCGCUGACCCUGGGGGGCGAGAACGAAACGAAACGAAACGAAGAUCGGCGGACGGCAGGUCGAAGCAGCAAGCUUCGCCUCGAGAGGGCCAAACUCGCUCGUGCGUCGUGUCUCCGCCCGGGUGUUUGUUGUGUCUGUCGUACACCAACUUUGCGCGUAUUUCCGCGCCAGAGUCUGUGCUGUGGUGUGGUGCGGAGAACAUCCACACGCGCACAUGCGCACACACGCCACGGCGUCGCCCUGGCAGCCGGCAUGACUGCAUGUCCAGUGUGAAUUCUCUGGCUGUUUGACAGUGAGAGAAUCAGUCGCCCGUGGCGCGGGGGCGCGGUUGCGAAUUUUUGUUGUGCUUUGUUUUGUUUUUGUUGUCGUUUUUGCGCUUCGCUUUGACCUCUGCCUGCUUGUUUGGUACUCGCUGAUCCUUCGUUGGAGCAUCGCCGCGGUGUGUAUGUAUCGGACGACUCAUUUCUGGGAUCUUCCGCACACAAACAUCCGAGGCUCCCGCCGUUUCUGAAUCCUGGUCCGGGUACAUGGCGCAAACUAGAUUGGGAAGGUGUCAAUGGAGCGUAAUAGCAGCUGUGUCGUUUGGGCCCCCCCUCGCCAGCAUCGUCAUCCCGUUUACGGCGCCCUGUUUCCAGCAGCUCAUAUAACAACUACCCUGCGUUCUCCAACCCGUCCACUCACCCACCGAAAACUGAACUGUGAAAAUCAUGCAGCAGCUGUCACCACUUGCUUCUUCAUCCCCGGAGAUUCUGAUCCGGAUCACGAUGCAUGCCGUGGACGAGCUCGGGCCGCCGCAGGAAUGGCUCAACCUCGUCCUGUGCUGCUCCGCGCUGCAGCGGCAGCUGGACAACUCCACCGUCCACGCGCUCGUCUUUGCGCGCAAAUUCUACCGGCUGCGGCCCGCGCACCCGCUCGCGGGCGACGCGAAGGGCGAGCUGCGGCGGCGCUUCGGCGCGCUCAAGGUGUUCCGCCGCGCGUGCGUCGACGGCGACGGCGACGGCGAGCUGCGGGACGCGCUGCGCAUCGCGCACGGGAUGCUGCACGACGAGGCGCCCGGGGCGCGGGCGCGGACGGUGGCGCAGCUGCGGUGGGCGGGGCUCCCGCGGCUGCUAGUGCGCUUCCUCGAGGAGCGGUGGGCGCGCGAUGCGCGGGGGUGGCCCGUGCCGAGCGAGACGCACGCGCUCGUGGUGGCGCUGCUGUGGCUUCUGGCCCCUGAACCCGGCGUGCACGACGAACCAGAAGACACGCGCCGGAUGAUCAUGGACCGAAUACGGCCCUUUGCGCUGGCUGCCUCGAAAUACCCGCUGGAAGACGACAUCCCAACGCCGGCGGAAUCGGCGCCGUUCCCCGGCCUCCAGAUCUACUCCAUCCUGUGCUACUUCGCGCGUCUGGACUUCUUCACGCCCACGCUCCCGCCGCACCUGCGCAAGCUGGCCCCCGCUCCGGCCCCCGCGACGCACGCCGCCGGGCGCGCGGACGCGGAGCACUUCAUCAGCCAGUGCCGCGCGCGGCGGUGCGACGCCCGUGCGCGCGUCCCGGCGCCGGGCGACCGGGGCUACCGCGUUGGGUCGCUCGCGGGCCAAUGGCAGGGCUCGUCCCUGAUCCCGUGCAUCGAUGAGUACAAGCGCUGGGUCAGCGAUGCGGGGGAGAACGCGCCCGGGACGAUGACGACGUUCAGCCGGGUGCCGCUGUAUGUUACGCUGCGGGAGCACUUCUCGACGGCCGUGGUGGACCGGGGCGAGGGUGCGGCUGGGCUGUUCAGUUCGUGGAAGGAGACGGAACAUGGAAUCGUCACCUCCGAUGCGAGUGGGAAGCAGUUCUUCUACAAGACAUACCACGACGCGAAGGAGCAGCCCAGCAGCAGCAGCAGCAUCACGGACGUCGUCGUCACCGGCCAGACGGACGACCCGUACGCCUCUGCGUGGGGCAGCUUCAAGUUCCUCGGGCGCAUCAGGCUGGCUGACGGGCUGGUCACGCUCCAGCGCGAGUCGCUCGACGGGCACGGGACGACUCUGUUCAAGGGAUACCUCGUGUCGGGAGAUCACUUCGCCGGCCGGUACCGCGAGUUCGACGGGGCGGCAGCAGCAGCAGGAGUAACGGAGGAGAGUCGCGUGGCGGAGUGGGAGGCGGCGUUCAGUUUGAGUCGCGUGAUCAGUUGAACUGUUUGUAUGCAUGUUUGCCAUGUGAUUCUGUAUCAGUAUAAGCUGUAUGUAAUGUCAUCUGUGUUCGAUACCCACACGA